UGCGCUCCUUCCAGCCCCGCCCUGUGCGCUGCCGGCGGCAAGGCCGGCUGGCGUCCCCGUCGCGCGGAGCCGAGGCGGCUCCUCGGGUUCCGCGCGCCGCGAUGAAGUGUCACUACGAGGUUCUGGGGCUGGCGCGCGACGCCUCCGACGAGGAGCUGAAGCGGGCGUACCGGAGACUGGCGCUGCGCUGGCACCCAGACAAAAAUCUAGAAAAUGCUGAUGAAGCAGCAGAACAGUUCAAAUUAAUCCAAGCGGCAUAUGAUGUACUGAGUGAUCCUCAAGAAAGAGCUUGGUAUGAUAACCACAGGGAAGCUCUGCUGAAAGGAGGGGUUGAUGGAGAGUAUCAAGAUGACAGUUUGGAUCUGCUGCGCUACUUCACUGUUAACUGUUACUCUGGAUAUGGUGAUGAUGAAGAGGGGUUCUUUGCAGUCUAUCGUCAAGUUUUUGAAAAUAUUGCAAAGGAAGAGAUGGAAUAUAUAUCUCAGGAAGAUAUUGAAGAAUUCCCUACUUUUGGAUACUCUCAAAGUGAUUAUGAUAAGGUAGUCCAUCCUUUUUAUGCUUACUGGCAGAGUUUCUGUACUCAAAAGAACUUUGCUUGGAAAGAGGAGUAUGACACACGGCAGGCAUCAAACCGUUGGGAGAAACGAGCUAUGGAGAAAGAGAACAAGAAAACUAGAGACAAAGCAAGAAAGGAGAGGAGUGAACUGGUUCGUCAGCUAGUGGCUUUUAUUCGUAAAAGAGAUAAGAGAGUACAGGCACACAGAAAACUCAUAGAGGAACAGAAUGCAGAAAAAGCUAGAAAAGCAGAGGAGCUCCGGAGACAGCAAAAACUCAAACAAGCUAAGCUUGGUGAGCAAUAUAAAGAGCAGAGCUGGAUAACUAUGUCUGAUCUAGAGAGAGAAUUGCAGCAGAUGGAAGCACAGUAUGAAAAGGAAUUUGGAGAUGGAUCUGAUGAUGAAGAGGAAAAAGAGGAACAGGAGCCAAGAGAAGAAAUAGAUGAUAAACUGAGUGAUGAAGCUGAAGAUGCUGAAUUUUAUGAUGACUUGUACUGCCCUGCUUGUGACAAAUCCUUGAAGACUGAGAAAGCAAUGAAGAACCAUGAAAAGUCAAAGAAGCACCGAGAGAUGGUAGCGCUGUUACGGCAACAGCUGGAGGAGGAGGAGGAGGAAUUUUCUGUAUCUACAGAUGACAAAAAUGGAGUGAAUACCAAAGAAGAUGAAGAAAUGGAAGAAACACCCAAACAGAAACUCUCCAAGAAGAAGAAAAAGAAACAUAAAAUGAUGACGACGUAUGAAGACGCUACAGUGGAUGCUACAGUUGAACAAAAAGAAGCUGACAGUGCAGACCGGGAGGACAGCAUAACAGAAGAAUUGGAAAAUGUUGGCCAAAGAAAUACUGCUUCUGAAAAAGCAAGUGCUGCAGAAGCUGUAGAUGAAGUUAAUGAACCAAAAGGCGAAGCAAAAAGCAUCCCUAAGCCUAAAGGAAAGAGAGCCAAGGAUACAAAAAAAUCUGUUAAGGUAACUUCAGAGCUUCAAGAUAAGAAUGAAGAUAUUCCUAUCCACUGUAUAACCUGCAAUUGUGAAUUUCAGUCCCGGAAUAAACUGUUUGAACACUUAAAGGCCACAGGCCAUGCAAAAGCAAUGCAAGCACCAGCUGUAAAUGGUGCCGGGAACAACAGAAGCAAAAAAGAGAAACGUAAAAACAGAUAGGACUUCUCGAUUGUUUUAAACUCUGUUUUUGGGUGCAUAUUUGAAAAAAAAAGUCUCUGAAAACCAAAGGACAGGAAUCCUACAAUCCAAAUUAAAUUGGGAAGCAGUUCUUGGGCCUGCAGCAAUUUCAGUGUGGCAAAACAUUUUUAUCUUGUAUUAAAAAUUGUUUAUUUUUUUUACCAACACUUCAUUAACGACUGAAUUUCAUCUUGCUGUUAAUCUUGAAAAAAUAACAAAUAUUCUUAAAGCUGGUCAUCCUAGAUACCUAGUGGGACUUGUAUGAAUGGAAGUGUACAGUAGGAGGAAAUAAAUUAUUUUAACACUUA